AAUAUAAUUUCCCACCUUCUCGAUGAUCCCCAUUUCUCUUGCAAAUUAGGGUUAGCACGAUUUCUCUACGUUUCGCUGAAUCCGGACAGAAGAAAGGGACGACAAUGGCGAUGAGGAAGCUGUUCAGUGAGAUCAAGGGGAAGAAGGUGAAGGAACUCCCGAGCUACUUCAAGCCGAUGUUGACGCUUGAGAACAUCAAGAAUUCUGUGAAGAGAGGUCUCGACAAUUACAACGAGAAGUACAUUCAGACCAGCUCCGUUGAUCCUCUCCUUCAUGUCUGUUUCGGUGGCAUGAUCCUUUCGUACCUUGUCGCUCUUCCCCACGAGCGCCGCCACCUGGAGCAUCAGCAGCAUGCCAAGGAGCAUGGCGGUCACUGAUGUGGAGGAGGAAUCAGUUCGAUGCGUUCAUUACUCCAUGAUUUGAGAUUUGGCAGUGCAAACCUUUGUUCGGCAGUGAAGAUUAUGUUGCUCAAUUUCUUUUUUCAAGUUUCCUGGAUCUUCUUGACCAGAAGAACCUUUGUUUUGAUAUGUAUUUCACAUGCAAUAAAUGAAGCAUGAUGCCUAAACAUCGAAACUAUUUUUAUCGCAUAUGACAAUAGCACGGCCGGCGGUCGUUUAUGUCAUAUCAAAAUGCAGUCACUUAACUUAACAUAUUCAUUA